CCCACCGCCUGGGCUCCGGCCUUGGGGAUCAGUCCCAGGCUGGAAGAGGGGCAGCCUGGAAGGGGGGGACGGCCAUGGAGGGGGGCUCGAGCCGGGCGGGCCCGGAGGGGGACACCGCGGCCCCCAACCCCUUCGUCCACGAGCUGCGCCUCAGCCGCCUGCAGAAAGCCAAGUUCUACGUGCUGGGGGUGGUCUUGGCCCCGAUCCGUGUCGCCCUGGCCUUUGUGGUCCUGUUCCUCAUCUGGCCCUUUGCGCUGCUCCAGGUAGUGGGCCUGCAGGAAGAGACGCUGCAGGAGCCGUUCUCUGGGUGGAGGAACACAGUUUCCCACAGCUCAGUGUACGUGCUCAGCCGCCUGAUGUUCUUCCUGCUUGGUUUCAUGCGGAUACGGGUGCGGGGACAGCGGGCAUCGCGGCUUGAAGCGCCCAUCCUGGUGGCAGCGCCUCACUCAACCUUCUUCGACCCGAUCAUCCUGCUGCCCUGCGACCUGCCCAAGGUGGUCUCUCGCACCGAGAACCUCCAUGUGCCGGUCAUUGGGGCCCUGCUGAGGUUCAACCAGGCUAUCCUGGUCUCCCGCCAUGACCCGGCCUCUCGCAAGAAGGUGGUGGAGGAAGUGAAGAAACGGGCCACUUCCCAGGGAAAAUGGCCACAGGUCCUUUUUUUCCCAGAGGGAACCUGCUCAAAUAAAAAAGCCUUACUCAAGUUUAAACCAGGUGCCUUCAUAUCUGGCGUCCCUGUCCAGCCAGUCCUCAUUCGAUACCCUAAUUCUCUGGAUUCAACAACCUGGGCAUGGCGAGGACCUGGAGUGUUAAAAGUCAUCUGGUUAACCGCAUCUCAACCCUGUACUACUGUGGAAGUGGAGUUCCUCCCAGUUUAUCAGCCCAGUCCUGAAGAGGCGGAGAAUCCCACACUAUAUGCUAACAAUGUCCAGAAAGUAAUGGCCAAGGCUUUGGGGAUUCCUGCAACAGAAUGUGAGUUUGUGGGCAACCUUCCAGUCACCGUGGUGGGGCGCCUGCGGGUGGCCCUAGAGCCGCGCAUCUGGGAGUUGGGCAAAGUGCUUCGGAAAACCAGGUGCCUACCAGGCAGGUCCAAGUGCCGGCUGGAUUCAGAUCUGGUUGGGACUUCUGGGAAGCUGCGGCCAACAGAGCUGGCUGACUGGCUGGGGGUGGACAGUCCAGAGGUUGUUGAAGGACUCCGUGUCUAUUUCCAGCAGGAUUCUGAAGGCAACAUGGACUCCCGGGAAGUGGCCCUGGCAUUGGAGGCCCUGGAGGCUGAGCACAACCCACAGGAACUCACGCGUCGGGCCUUUGAGCCUAACCCUGGCCAGGAAGCAAGCCGAACUGAGAUACAGUCCACGAAUGCUCAGAAACACAAGCAGCUUCUUUGUGUAAAGUAUGCAAACUGCAUAAUUCUUUGCACAAUGUAUGUAAAGCAUACAGGUCAAGGAUGCAGAAGCAGAACUCCAGUUGAACUUAUUUCCUGCCAGGUGCCCAUACAAAUGCGCAGUGUGAGGCAGAUUUAGGGAAAGCAAGCUGGAGUCUGGAGACCCAAGCAGAGGAAACUGAACAGAUUCCCAGCCCAAACUGGUGUGAUGGACAAAGAGAAUGGGCUUGCAGGGAGUCCAUCUAGAUAUUCAGCAGUGACUUGGAUCUGGAAACCUACCUGGAUCUGGAGCAUCUAUAUGACAAGGGGAAGCAUGUGAUUUGGAAGGGGGUGGGGUCAGAUAUUGAAACACUUUGUUGUGUUCCUAGGAAUCUUUGUUGGUGAAAAGCAGCUGGAAAGGGAAGGGAGCACAAGGGAGAUGCAAGGGCUAGGGAAUGGUUAAGCACGACCUUCUGGCCACUGCGUUCCUCUUUCUAAAUUGCACCAUCCCGUGUUGGUUUUGGAAAACUGUGAUGAAGACCCAGGUCUGCACUAAGAGGGAUGGAGUAGCAUUUGAUGUGAAGUUACAAGGAAUUUGUAUGUGUGAUUUAGAUGGUUGGGGGAGGAAAUAUUCUUAGACAAAUAUAAAAUCUGGUGUGCCCAUUGAAAGAGUGAUACACACCAGGAGCCCCCAGUCUUUCCCAUAAGACCUUGACUCCCUUUCAGGGUUUUCCAGCUUCCAAUCAGCAGCUUGAAUGCAAAUAAAGGAGCAGGUUUGUGGCGAGCCAUUUUUAAUCCAGGAAAUGGUGAACAUAAAACACCUCUGCCAAUAAGAAGUUGGAAAGUAUGAAGGGGCUUUGAACACAGAAGGGAUGGGGAACCUGAACUAUGGAAGAUGAGAAUGUGGUUGUCUGUCUAGGUCAGCUAUAGCCAGUGUGAAGGACCCCAGGCUUGUGGAACAAAUUACCCCUUUCCCCCCAGUCACCGAUUGCUUUGCUGUUUUCCCACACUUGCAGGGCUAUCCUUCCCUGCACCCCAUUCUGAAAAUUUGAAAUGCUUCUCAUAAGAGUUACUGACUGGUUGAAGGAGUUGAAGUGAAAUUAGGGGGGUAUUUUGGUCCCAGGUUCCCUGCUGGGAUGCAGCCUCCAAGAGCUUUCCUAAAAUGGAGCACGGCCCUGAGGCUGAAUGCAGUUCUACACCCUGGACAAGCCAGUCACAGUCAACGAUUGUAUUUGCAAUGUAUAUGUGUGUUUCUUUUGUAUAUACACAACCACUAUGCUACCAGCUCUUCUCAGAGGUGGAUGAGACAGGGGACCUGCGUCUGCGCCAGGAUGGCUUGUGCGCUAUUUUGCGCCUCUUGCUGGGGACACCAAGUGCUGAUGGGGCUGAACUCUACGGCCGGCUCUGCGGGGACCACAGCCA